UUGAGUUAUUCCUUGCUGAAAUUGCUUAGAGAAGGGUUGUUUUUUGUAUUUUUGCUCGCUUUCUGGAGAUCCAAUGGCUCGUACUAAGCAGACAGCUCGGAAGUCCACUGGUGGGAAAGCACCUCGUAAGCAAUUGGCUACUAAAGCUGCUCGGAAGAGCGCCCCAGCCACCGGCGGAGUGAAGAAGCCUCAUCGCUACCGCCCUGGGACUGUCGCCCUGAGAGAGAUUCGGCGCUACCAAAAGUCAACCGAGCUUCUCAUCCGCAAGCUGCCUUUCCAGCGCCUGGUGCGAGAAAUUGCCCAGGACUUCAAAACUGAUCUGCGCUUCCAGAGUUCCGCUGUUAUGGCCUUGCAGGAGGCGAGCGAGGCUUACCUGGUGGGUCUUUUCGAGGACACCAACCUGUGCGCCAUCCACGCCAAGCGAGUUACCAUCAUGCCCAAGGAUAUCCAGCUGGCUCGCCGCAUCCGCGGAGAAAGGGCUUAGUGGGCAGGACUUGUUCAAAAACCAAAAGGCUCUUUUAAGAGCCACUA